AUGCGGCUGUUCCGCAGACGCCACAUGCCGCUCCGCCUGGCCGCGCUGGGCAGCGCCUUCCUCCUCUUCCUCUUCAUCCUACAAAGGGACAUGAGCAGCAGCGAACAGGCCACAGAGAAGCCGUGGCUCAAGUCGCUGGUGGGCCAGAAGGGCCACGUGCUGGACCUCAUGCUGGGGGCCGUGAACAACCUCCGGGAUUCAAUGCCCAAGCUGCAGAUCAGGGCCCCGGAGCCCCAGCAGACGCAAGCCUCUGCCAACCAGUCCUGCCUGCCCGGCUUCUACAGUGCCGCUGAGCUGAAGCCUUUCUGGGAGCGGCCUCCGCAGGACCCCCAGAGCCCCGGGGCAGACGGCAGAGCGUUUCAGAAGAGCGAGUGGACUCCCCAGGAGACGCAGGAGAAAGACGAGGGCUAUAAGAAGCACUGCUUUAAUGCCUUCGCCAGUGACCGCAUCUCCCUGCAAAGGGCCCUGGGGCCAGACACGCGGCCCCCAGAAUGUGUGGACCAGAAGUUCCGGCGCUGCCCGCCCCUGCCCAGCACCAGCGUCAUCAUCGUGUUCCACAACGAAGCCUGGUCCACGCUGCUGCGGACCGUGUACAGCGUGCUGCACACCGCCCCUGCCGUCUUGCUGCGGGAGAUCAUCCUGGUGGACGAUGCCAGCACUGAGGAGUACUUGAAGGAGGAGCUGGAGCAGUACGUGAAGCAGCUGCAGGUGGUGCGGGUGGUGCGGCAGGAGGAGCGCAAGGGGCUGAUCACCGCCCGGCUGCUGGGGGCCAGCGUGGCGCAGGCGGAGGUGCUCACCUUCCUGGAUGCCCACUGCGAGUGCUUCACCGGCUGGCUGGAGCCUCUCUUGGCCCGGAUCGCGGAGGACGAGACGGUCGUGGUGAGCCCCGACAUCGUCACCAUAGACCUGAACACUUUCGAGUUCUCCAAACCUGUGCAAAGGGGCAGAGUCCACAGCCGGGGCAACUUCGACUGGAGCCUGACCUUCGGCUGGGAGGCUGUUCCCGCACACGAGAAUCGGAGGCGCAAGGAUGAGACGUACCCCAUCAAAUCCCCGACGUUUGCUGGCGGCCUCUUCUCCAUCUCCAAGUCCUACUUUGAACACAUCGGUACCUAUGAUAAUCAGAUGGAGAUCUGGGGAGGGGAGAACGUGGAAAUGUCCUUCCGGGUGUGGCAGUGUGGGGGCCAGCUGGAGAUCAUCCCCUGCUCCGUGGUGGGCCACGUGUUCCGUACCAAGAGCCCCCACACCUUCCCCAAGGGCACCAACGUCAUUGCCCGCAACCAGGUGCGCCUGGCUGAGGUCUGGAUGGACAAUUACAAGAAGAUUUUCUACAGGAGAAAUUUACAGGCAGCCAAGAUGGCCCAAGAGAAAUCCUUUGGGGACAUCUCGGAACGGCUGCAGCUCAGGGAGCAACUGCACUGUCACAACUUCUCCUGGUUCCUGCACAACGUCUACCCAGAGAUGUUUGUUCCCGACCUGAACCCCACCUUCUAUGGAGCCAUCAAGAACCUUGGCCUUGGCCAAUGCCUGGACGUGGGUGAGAACAACCGAGGAGGGAAGCCCCUUAUCAUGUACUCAUGCCAUGGCCUCGGUGGCAACCAGUACUUUGAGUACACAACCCAGAAAGACCUCCGACACAACAUCGCGAAGCAGCUGUGUCUACACGCCAGCGCCAGCACCCUGGGCCUCAGGGGCUGCCACUUCACCGGCAAACACAGCCAGGUCCCCAGGGACGAGGAAUGGGAAUUGACCCAGGACCAGCUCAUCAGGAACUCAGGGUCUGGUACCUGCCUGACAUCCAAGGACAGAAAGCCAGCCAUGGCUCCCUGCAACCCCAGCGACCCCCACCAGCUCUGGCUCUUCGUCUAGGCUCCUCCCUGGUCAUCCCCAUUGGGGGGACCCUGUCCUGCACCCAACAAGCCUCUCCGGAAACAGAGCCACUGAUGUCCAAGGUCCUGGUCCUUGGACCGACCCUCCAGCGCCAGAUCAUGAGGGACUUGGCUUGGGUUCUCCUUCUGUCCUGGAGACAGAGGGCAGCCGGGAGCGGCUCGGGACAGCACUGCCAGGCUCAUACAAAGCGCCCCCGCGGCCACAUCCUGAAUCCUGCUUACACAGCAGCACCGCAGACUCCAGGGAAGCCGCGUGUUGCCACAGAGGCAGCUAGGGCCCAAGGUAGCCUCCCUGGCUCCCAUUACCGGAAGUCUGCUGGACCGUUUAGACAGAAGGCAGCCUGACGGGUGGUUUCUGUGUUCACCUGCGCAGCAACCCCGUGAGAAAAUCAGGACAGGAUGCUGCAUGCCCAUUUUACAGAUGGGCAAGUGGAGGCAGAGGUGAAAGAACAUGUGUGCCGGCCCCCAGCCAGCAGGUGGCCAGAGCUGAGGCUGCUGGCUCCUUCCACUACGCGACGAGAACACUACACCACCUGCCAGCCACCAGCCGUCCUGUUCCCUCUGCCCGCCCGUCCUGGUCACUUCCAGCUGGCUGGCUCCACGAAGCCUAGGACAGUGGAGCCAGGUGGUCCCCGGUGGGGGAAUCCUGGGAUGCUCAUGUUGAAAGAAAGCUCACUGGGACCAGUGAUUGUCAAGUUUAGGUCCCAGGCAUUUUUUUUUUCCUAAGCCCCAUAUUUAAAGUCGAUAAAAAGCAGAGUAGCCUCGGCAGAAUUAAGAGAUCUGCUGUGCCUACGAGGUCUUCUCUGAGCGAGCCGGACCCGGCAGCUCGUGGCUGCUUUACCGGAAGUAGAGCGCCCAGGUGCAUGGACAAGCCCAUCCAGGGAGGCUGCUGGUGAUGUCAGUAGCAGGCCGGCACCACAAGGGGGUGCUCUAGGACCACAUCUGCCUCCUGCCCCGCCCCCCCAACACCGCAGGUGGCCACCUAGCCCUCCCCCCACCAGAGCUAGGAGGCCCCUACGGAGGCGAGGUUGAGGGGCAAGCCCACCAAAAGGAAAAGAGCUAGUGGCCAGGAUGUGACCUGGCGUAGGGAAGGGGAAAAGUUCCUUGUCCGGAAGAGAAGGUACACGGGAUGGCAGUGAGAAUAAAGGUUUCUG